AUGACGUGGCUGAAGGCCUCGCGAGGCUACGCAGCGAACGCAUUCAAAUCAAUAAUUCUGCUUCGAGUAUUUCCGCAGUGGAUGAAGGUCUAUGUCGCUCAAUUUGUGCCAUAUGUCUGGAUGGUAAGAUGGCACUUAUACAGGGCCAAGGCGGUUCUGGAGCCUCUGAUUGCCAAACGACGCAAACAGGAGGCUGCCGGCACGCUCAUGCGCGACGAAAAGUUCGACAAUCUACUUCAGUUCAUGGAUGAUGCGGCUACUGGAGUCGACGCGAGGCCAGCUAAGCUUGCUGAGAGGACCCUCGUCUUGACUUUGGCUUCAUCACAUACCACCUCGAUGGCAGCUUGCCAGGCACUAUUUCAGAUGUGCGAAUACCCCGAGUACAUUCCCGAGCUGAGGGAAGAAGUUCGCAGGGCUGUCGAAGAGGACGAGGGCUGGCGCAAGACCACGCUGACAAAAUUGCGCAAGCUCGAUAGCUUCGUCAAAGAAUCACAGCGAGUUCAUCCGCCCAGCUUGCUUGGCUUCAAGCGAGCUUUCCUUAAGCAGCGGACCCUCUCCGACGGCACCUUCAUCCCCAAAGGUGCGCACACGCUCAUGGCCAUCCAGCCGCACCAGCAGGACGAUCCAAGCAUACCAGAUCCCGAAGUCUUCGAUGGAUUCCGAUACUACGGAAUGCGCAAGCAAGAAGGACAUGCAAAUAGACACCAAUUUGCAACUACCGACCCAUACACUCUACACUUCGGCCAUGGCAAGUUUUCUUGUCCUGGAAGGUUCCUGGCCUCAAACGUGAUUAAGCUUAUUCUUGGACGAUUCCUUCUCGACUUCGAGUUCCGCUUCCCAUCGGGUCAAGGCCGCCCAGAUGAUGUUCGCGCACACGAAUACAUCUUCCCCAAUCCAAAGGGGAGAGUGGAAAUUAGGCUGCAGACAGGUACUGGAGUCUGA